GCACAGGUGGUAGAGUCCAAUGUCCUCUGCCUGGUGAAUGAAGAGCUGAAGGCCACGGCUUGGUGCAAACAUAAGGAACCAUGGUCAACUUUGUAGCACUUGCCCGUGAGCACUGGGUGAACAUAUUGGUGCCCAUGGGCUUUGUGAUUGGAUGGUACCUUGACAAACAACAGGACCAGAAGCUGACAGCUUUCAGGAACAAAAGUGUUUUGUUCAGCAGGGAGCUGAAGCCUGGUGAGGAAGUGACCUGGAAGUAAAGUACCCCUACCUGGAAUGUGUCCUGUCAUCUGUGGUGUGAAUGACUGAUGGGUGGCCCUCAAAUUAGAAUAUUUAAGAGUCCUGUUUUUGAGUUGGAUCAACCAGUAAUCUUUAAUAUUUUGAGUUGUAUCAACCAAUAAUAAAAAUGCCCUUUCUCAUCAAAAUCA